AUGGAUCUUACGACUGGUCGAUCGUGUUGUGUCACUGAGAAUCCCAACGCCAGAUCACCUCAGUGGGUAUCAAAAAGUAAUCAGCUGAUAUGGCUUGAAUGGCUGGAAAGCGGCAACACCGACUUGGUGGUCAGCGACGCACAAUGCACGACCACUGAGCUCUAUAAAGCCGGCACAGUCCCCGGCCAAGCCUUUGACCUCAAGGUGACUGAGCAACUGCUGCCGUUCGGAGAGGACGACGAGAAUGAUCUUGCGUUUGCGAUUAGUGGCAGGGCGAAUCUAGAUGGUUCUCUAGUCAAUCCAAAACAAAUCGCGGAAUUCACUGGCCACAGCACCGGCCGUUUCUACACGACCUUCCCUGUGAGAGACGAAAGUUCGUAUGUAAGUGGAUUAAAGAACUCCAUCUGGUAUGGAUCUCUGCACCGAUCUAGGCCAGGGAGUCGGUAUAGUAUCUCAGGCAUUUCUAAUCUCAUGAUAUUUGCGGGACUAGAGGGAUUAGAGUCGCCCAUCUCACCUUUGGGAGGGGAAGAGAGCUCACAUGAAUUUGAAAUUCACCCCUUUGCCAUGGUAUUUGUUGCCAGGGACAGAGAAGUCAACAGUGCUACUCAUACAGCAUGCUCGUGCUAUGUCCAACCCGUGGAACGCUGGGAUCAACAGAACAGAGACCCUAUCUAUCAAGUAUGGCGGUGUAAGGGAUUAGGAGGGGCAAUAUCAUCACUUGCAGUGGACAAGUCACAUGUGGAUCGACCCAUUGUCUUCCUAUCCCAGAAGAGGGAUGGAUAUACAGCUGACAAGAACCGUAUCAUAUACAUACCAACGCCAUUAUACAAAAAGACGUGUGAGAUAUUCGCAUCUGCUGAUGGCAAUGGGCUAUGGAAUCUUAGCCCAUGCGCCAUCUCAUUUGGGAACAACGGCACGCUUCUAAUCCAGGCUGAGAUGAAUGGACGAAUCAUGCUGUAUCAUCUUGAACUGGGUGGCCACUAUGAUCAGUUACGCCCUGAGGCAUUGAGAUUGGUUGAUCCAUGGUGUUUUGGAUCAAUUACACAUGCGACACCAGUGCGAUUGGAUUCAUCUAGAAUCCUAAUCACUCACAGCAGUCUAGUUGAGACCCCUAGCUGGAGUAUUAUUGACUUGUCUGCUUCAACUGAAUUUCCAAAAAUGCUGUCUGCGAGUCACGCUACGGAUCUGAAGCUCUCUAAGACACAAGUCAAUGUGAUUUGGUUCGAUAGUACUGAGAAUCGCAAAAUCCAGGCUUGGGUAAUCAAACCAUCCAAGUUCGACUCACAGCAACGAUACCCACUGGCAUACUUCAUACAUAGCGGCCCUCAUAGCGCGUGGAACAACCAAUGGAGUGUCCAAUGGAAUCUAGCAUUAUUCGCAGAGCAGGGCUUUGUUGUUGUUGCGCCCAACCCAGCAGGGAGCUCUGGGUUUGGACAAGCUUUCAAAGAUUCAAGCCAAUGUUCCUUAGGCGGGCUGCCCUAUACAGAUCUUGAGCGAGGCUUUGAAUAUCUGCAACAAGAUAAGAGCCUCCAAUACAUUGACACUACUCGCUCCAUCGCUGUUGGUGCCGGCUACGGAGGAUACAUGGUCAACUGGAUCCAAGGCCACGAGCUUGGCCGUAAGUUCAAGGCCCUUGUGACGCAUGAUGGGAUUUUUAGUAUGACCUCCCAAUUAGCCAGCAAUCGGCAGCAUUUUAUCCACGAAAUUGGAGGACCAAUUUGGGAAACUCCUGAUAAGUGGAGGAAAUGGGAUCCAGCACAAUUUACAGCGAGCUGGCAAACCCCACAUUUGAUCAUCCACUGUGAGUUGAAUUACAAGAGAGUCAUUGCUGAUGGAUUAGCUGCUUUCAAUGUUCUCCAGCUCAGAGGCGUGAAAAGUGCGCUCUUGGUGUUUCCGGAUGAAGGUGAUCCAAUAAUAAAUCCAGAAAAUAAUUUGCUUUGGUAUCGCACUGUGAUUGAGUGGAUGAGAAAGUACACUGCUCAGGAACCUGAUGAUUAUUGA